AUGUCGGACUCCAAAGCCCCGUUCAGCGUGCGUCUGCGCAAGCUGCAGUCCAACCCGCUGCUGCAGCGCAAGCAACUCUGGGUGGACGUGCUGCACUCGGGCCGCGCCAACGUCAGCCGCAAAGAACUGCAGCAGCGCCUUGCGCAGCAGUUCAAAGCCGCAGACCCGCGCUGUCUCGUCUUGGCGGGCCUUCGCACGGCCUUCGGCGGCGGCCGCUCGCGCGGGCAGGCGCUGCUCUACGCGGACUUCCGCGCGGCGCAGCGCUUCGAGCGCCGCUUUCGACUCAGGCGCAUGCAGGCGGCCGAGGCGGAGCCGAAAAAGGGGAGGAGGGCCACCAAGGAACUCAAAAAUAGGAAGAAAAAGGUUUGCUGCUGCUGCUGCUGCGGAGGAGGAUGA